CGGGGCUGUCCGGACUCGGCUCGUGCUUUUAGAUGGGAGCAGAUGACUGCGCUGGGAGCGCGAGGCUGCAGCAUGUUUCUGAGGGGAUUCCUGCGCGCGCUUUCGCUCUGCGUCUGCGUGCUGCGCGCGGAGCUGCUGGCGAGUCCAGCUCCAGAGUGUUAUCCGGGAGGGUACCGGACAUUGAGGAACCCGUACCGCAGUGUUCACUUCGACUCCACAGAGCUUCAGAACACAGCCAUACAGGACCUGAUCUGUGACCACUCGCUGGAGCCGGGAUGGUACCGCUUCAGCAUCAACAACAAGCCUGCAGAGAUGCCCACCAGCUGUGUGGAGAUGAAUCGUUGUGGUACACAGGCUCCGGUAUGGUUGUCUCUGAAGGACAUGUCUCUGCCACGGCCAGGAGAAGUCAGGCAGCUCUCGGCCUGUGCCACCUGGCAGUUCUUCCACGGUAGCGCUAAAGACUGCUGUCUGUUCCGCAUCCCCGUUACCGUCCGCAACUGCGGCCACUUCCUGCUCUACUACCUGCAGCCCACGCAGGGGUGCAUGGGUUACUGCGCUGAAGUGGUUUUAGAGUUUACUCCUAAAGCCUGCCUUCCGGGAGAAGUGGAAGUCAGCGGAGUCUGUAAAGCCAUCGCCCCCCCUCUGUCCUCCAAGCCAGUGGUGACGGCAGAGCUGGUGGGCAGUAGUGUCCAUCUGCGAUGUUCGUACGGUGGAGUUGCGAGCGGACGGCCCCUGGGUUACGAGGUGGUGUGGGGCCGCUAUUCCUCCAACAGUAUGAAGGUGGAGGUGAGGAGGGACAGAACCAUUCAGCUCUAUUCCCGGGUGGAAAUGGACGGACUUCACUUCAGACUGGGGGAAACGUUCUCCUGCAGUGUCUCCACGUACCUGCUGAACUCCUCCAGCGUCCAGUCUGCAUCCAGAGAGAGCGCUGGUUUCUUUACCGGGAUUAAGUUUGUUCCAGACGUUCUGCAGAUCCGUGAGGAUGGUAAAGAACACACACUGGCUGUGCACAGUACUGUACCGAUCUCUUGCUAUGGGUCAGAACCAAAUCAUCAGUGCAGACUGACAUUACAGCUCAGUGUCCAAGAGCCAGACAGUUUAUUAGCUGCAGCUCCAAACAUGGCCUUGACCUCUUGUCAGGUGGAGCUGGUGUCCCAGCCGUGUCGGGAUGGUGUUUGUGCCCAUGGUACUGUCACAGUUACCGCAGUGACGGAUUUCACUCGUGAUGGGAACCGGCAGAGCCUCCUGACCGCCCGGCCCACAGCCACCAGUCCACGGCUCUGGAGAGGAUACUCACCCCCACCACUGAAGAUCACAGUUCAGGACGUCCCCACCAGCAGCUGUUACUCUCUCACUGACCCUCAUGUCCUCACCUUCGAUGGCAGGCGCUUUGAGAACCAGCAGACGGGCACAUUUGUGCUCUAUAAAGCAGUCAAUCGAGUGUUCGAGGUUCACACACGUCAGUGGGAUUGCGGCAGUCGGCACUAUCCAGUGUCCUGUACCUGUGGCCUGGCGGUGCGAGAGGGCAACGAACUCGUGACCUUCGACAUGUGUAACGGCCAUCUGCAGGAGACACGCCCACAGCUGUCAAUCAAAGCCUUAGGAUCUGCCUCAACCAACCAGGUCAAGAUUCACGAGACGCAUCAGGGAAAGAAGAUGACGAUCCUGUUCCCCUCCGGAGCGUUUGUGCGAGCAGAUGUCGGAGACUGGGGAAUGAGUGUUUCCGUCAGAGCGCCGAGCCAAGACUUUAACGGCACUCUCGGCCUGUGCGGAACUUUCGACAGGAACACUCAAAACGACCUCCUCGGUCCAGACAGCAAAGUCCAUCAAAGCAGCAACCUGGAGAACUUCAUACAGGACUGGAGGUUGGAGCCGGGGGAGAGUCUGUUCGACCAAACGCCGACCGCUGAGGCUGAGCAGAUAACGAGGGGCUUCUGCACCUGUCAGAGCGAAUACGGCCCUCAGAGCGUCCAGGAAGCUUCACCAGAACUGUCGGUCACCCCUCACUGCUUCUCCUGGGACCACGUGGACAAGACCUCGCUCUUCCCCUACCGAGACGCCACAGCCGAAUUUACGAUCCACCGGCCGGAGCUUAGGAGCGACCUUACUGUGGAGGAGCUGAGGAUGGACUUGCUGUUUGACCCGGUGAACCCUCAUUUCAAUAGUUUCAGAGAAGCUGCCUUUGAGCCCCUUUUAGGUCACAGAACCAAAAGGCACACCCAUCCUCAAGCCCUCCAGAGCCUCAGCCACAUCGACCUGGACAGCGUGGCGUAUUUCUUCCCUGAUGACCACCUUUCCUCAGACCGCCCCAUCACUCACCCUUCCUGGCCCACUCCUGGAGGCCUCACCUCAGCCAAAGCGCUGGAGCUCUGCCGGCUAGCCCUGGUAAACUCUACCGUGGGCGUGGCCUGCGGGGGUCUCCUAGGCCGGCGGCUGGAGGAGGCCGUGGACCUUUGUGUUCUGGACCUCCAGCUGAAGGAUGACCUGGCCUGGGAGGACGCCCUGAUGCCCUUUCUGGAGAAUGAGUGCGAGAGACGCUGGCUGGAGAACAGAGCCUCUGUGUCCGGAGCAGCAGAGGUGGACGUGGCGAUGGCCCUGCGGUGUCCGAACCUGUGCAAUGGAAAAGGGAAGUGCAUGGAUUGGGGCUGCCAGUGUGAUUCGGGACACAGCCACUACGACUGCAGCCUCACCAUCAGCCAGCCGAUCGAACUAACUGAUCUGGAGAACAGUGGAGUGUGUGAUGUCCGUGCUCUGGACUGUAGCACCGUGAGAGUGUUUGGACUUGGGUUCAUCGACUCACCAAAACUGACCUGCAUUGUCACCAAACUCACUCGUGUGAAUGAAGACUGGAUCGGUGGAGAGGAGCAGCAGACUAAAGCCUUGUUCCUGAGCUCUAAGGCUGUUGACUGCACGGUUCCCCGCCUCAGCAGCAUGGCCAUAGACACCAUAGACUUCUUGGCUGAGGAGCAUCCGUACGCACGAUGGGAGAUUAAAGUGUCUAAUGAUGGAAGUGUGGUCAGUAAUCCGAAGGUUUUGACGCUGUAUGAUGGUGUGUGUCAGCAGUGUGCCCCAACCCCAUCUGGACUCUGUAAGAUAAAGGACAGGACAUGUAAUAUAGAGGGAAUGUGUUUUUCGGACGGAGAUGUCAGUCCGUCCAGCCCGUGUCUCCUGUGUAACUCCACUGCAUCCAGAUACACAUGGACUAUUAAUCAAGCAAACCAGCCCCCCUCAUUCCUGCCCCCGCGGGAUGUCCUGCGCUCGUUCUAUGGAGAGAAGUUUGUGUUCCAGCUGACGGCCGCGGACCCUGAGGGCUCAGCCCUGCUGUUUCAGCUGCAGACAGGACCCCCGGGGGCUUUGCUCAGCCCUGCAGGACUACUGACCUGGAGCGUCUCCACAGAGACCACACACACCUUCAGUUUCAGCAUCACUGACGAGUGUGACGCUCAGAGCACACACAGUGUUCAGGUGAGUGUGAGGCCCUGCGGGUGUAUGAAUGGUGGUACGUGUGUGACCAAUGUGGAGCGUCCGGCGGGAAACGGAGAAUACCUGUGUGUGUGUCCUUCUGGAUUUGGUGGGGACCUGUGCCAGGAGGAGACUGACGUCUGCAGGUUGAAUCCGUGUGGAGUAGGAGUGUGUGUGAACAUGACUGAGGGAUUUCAGUGCUUGUGUCCCGCUGGACUGACAGGACGGACAUGUCAGGAGGAUGUGAAUGAGUGUAUGGGAAUGGUGUGUUUUCCCGGUGUCCACUGUAUCAACACCUUCGGAUCGUUCACCUGUGGCAGCUGCCCUUCAGGCACACAUGGAGAUGGCAUCACCUGCACAGCUGACCGGGUCAUUCCUCCCGUCCCCAGCCCCCCUCCUCCCUCAGUCCGAGCGGUCAGCAGCACAGCAGCUCCACCCAGACCAGUCCUCGUCUCUAACUCACACACUCAGCACACUGACCCUGAAGUGACCAGACAGGUGUCCAGCCGCGGACAGAAAACUGGUGUUUCUCAGGUGCAGAAUGUGACCUCCAAGUGUGCGAGCAGGCCAUGUUUUCCGGGUGUGAUGUGCAUCGACCUGCGCCCACCGUAUGUCGGCUUUGUGUGCGGACGUUGUCCCCCGGGAUACCACGGCAAUGGACGCACUUGCACAAGAAACCCAAAGCAUAUAAUUCCUCCUCUAAGCCACAGCCUCAUCAGAGACUCCAGCGCCUAUCCAAAAUCACCCCACCUUCACUUGCCCUCCACAGACGUCGGUCACACCCACAGACGUCCGUUGAUGCAUGCAAGGACCUCAGCCAAUCGGAUUCCGGAACAUAAGCCCCUCCUCCUAACCCCUGCUCCAAUCACUGCCAGGAAAGAGGCAGCAGCGCUUCAUUUACGCCACGCUCCUCUCAGCAGGGCUAGCCCACAUUCCAACACCCUACCUGGGACGUCCAUCCAAGCGGGCGGAUUUGUUGGCGUUACGCCUAAAGCCACCCCAAAAGUAACCCCGCUUCUCAAGCAGUUACCACGGCAACCAGGCGUGGUCACCUCUGCCCGCUUGAGGCCGCUGACCGCCGCACUGACCUCUGUGACCUUUGCACUCUCAGAGUCCGAGUUUUCAGCAGAUGGAGAUUUGGGGGUCAGUCUGGAAGAGGCCGGAGAGCCUCAACCACUGAACCAGGCAUCCUUCACCACUGUGGGUAAGCAGACCCACUCUCUGGCUAUGAGCAUCCACCCCAGCACCCAGCACAGCCGGAACCUCGUACCUGCACAUGUGAAGGGCAGGGGGGUGAUCUGCGGGGAUGUCAUCUGUUUCCCAGGUGUGCAGUGCAUAGGGGAGCGGUCUCUCAGGUGUGGCCGGUGUCCAUUAGGCUACACUGGAGACGGAAGCACAUGCAGAGCUGUAUGCAGGCACUCCUGUGCCAGGAACAUGGAGUGUGCAGCACCAAACACCUGCCGCUGCAAACAAGGAUACACCGGCCUGGACUGCCAAACAGCCAUCUGCAGCCCGGCAUGUCAGAGCGGAGGAGAGUGUAUCGCUCCCGGAGUGUGUGAGUGCAAAGAAGGCUAUCAUGGAGAAUUGUGUGAGAGAGCUCUCUGCAGCUCCCCCUGUCUGCAUGGUGGUUCCUGUGUCGGUCGGGACACCUGCUCCUGUCCCUACGGCUUGGUCGGACGAAGAUGUGAAACAAUGGUGUGUAACCGUCACUGUCAGCACGGCGGCAAGUGUGUGUCACCUGAUGAAUGCGAGUGUCAUCCAGGCUGGACAGGACCAUCAUGUGAGACAGCACUGUGUGACCCGGUGUGUGUGAACGGUGGUGUGUGUGUCCGUCCAAAUGUUUGCUCAUGCCAACACGGAUUCUAUGGAGCACAGUGUCAAAAUGCUGUGUGCAGUCCCGCCUGUAAGAACGGUGGUGUGUGUGUGCGUGAAGGUGUGUGUUCUUGUGCUCAGGGCUACUCCGGCACACACUGCGAGAAGAGUGUGUGUGAGCCCGUGUGUAUGAACGGCGGCAGGUGUGUGGGUCCGGGUGUGUGUGACUGUGUGUCGGGUUGGAGAGGGAGGCGGUGUGAUAAACCGACUUGCCUGCAGAAGUGCCUGAACGGAGGAGAGUGUGUGGGACCGAACACCUGCCACUGUAGUCCAGGGUGGCAGGGAACACUGUGCCAAACACCGAUCUGUGAGCAGAAGUGUGCGUUUGGGAGUCGGUGCAUUAGACCUAACGUGUGCGCCUGCAGGACGGGAUACACGGGCGUGCUCUGUGAUAAAAAGCUUUCCAUUCAUCACGGCUGAUUGAAGAGGAAGGAGCCUGUAGUGAAGACACUGGCCACACCUUGGUGCUUAGCAACCGGACCCAGAUAGCGCAUCUCACUUGUAAAUAAGUGCAGCCUAAUCACAGAUAUUAAUUUAUAUAUAAGGGUAUCAGAUUUUGUACAUUUUUGUAAUGUCUUGUGGUUCUUAGAAAGUUUGAAUUCACAUGGUUAGAACCCAGACGGAACCCAAAUAUUCUGUCAUUGUUUUUGUUUGUUUGUCUGUUUGUUUGUUGUUGUUUUUUAUUAAUAAAAAUCAUGUCUAGUUAUCUAAGCUAA